GCACCACUACACACAGCUGCUCAGCGGGGGCAAUGAAAAUAACAAAAAAAUAAAAACAACCACGUCGUCGUCGUUCGGUGCCAAACAUAGCGGCCAGUGCGGGCGAGGCGUCGUUGUUCAGACCAUCAUGCCCAUUGCUCUUGCAUCAGCACAGGAAGUGUGUGUGUGAGUUGUCCCUGGUUGGCUCUGCUGGGAUGAACAUGCCACUGCACCAAAUCUCUGUCAUCCCCCGUGAUGUCACCUCAUCACGGGUGUCAGGCAGCGGGAAAGCAAAGGACAAAGACAAGCAGAAUGAAAAGCCUCUGGGUCAUUCAGCGAGCAGAUCCAGCAAUAUCUCAAAGGCAGGGAGCCCGACUUCAGUCAACGCUCCAUGCAGCUUCUCGAGGACGUCCGUGUCUCCUUCCAGCCAGGACAUCUGCAGCAGUCAGGAUCAGGACUGUCAGAAGCAGACGGCUGUGGUGCUUUUGAAUUCUAACAGUAAAACUUGCCAUGGUUCAGGAGGUAUUUCAGUGACCACCCUGUGUACAGACGCCCUACCAGCCUCCAAACACACCAAACAACGAGACUGGCUCUCUCUGCUACGCCCCUCUUCUGUCAACAUCCACCCCAACAGCUCACUCAGGUUUUCGAUGUCUCUGAACGAUGUGGGCCAGCGUGUGGACAGUCUAUGUCGUGGUCUGCACUUUAUAGAUCGCACCUGCUCCGAGGGAGAGCUGGAGCUGAAGCCCGAGCCCGCUCAGCCACCCAGCUCAGAUGGAAGGGCACACACGCUAAACGGCAAGCUGGCUUUAGCACCUGCACACCAGAAUCCAAAUCCAGCCUUUUCAACACAAGCCCACCCCCACCUCGUACCCUCUUUCACCAACAACUACAAAUACAUGUUGGGCGUUCCUCCCAGUAAUUUUCUUCCCUCUGAUUCUGCUGUUACCGCCCCUCCUCCUCCUCUUUCCAACAGCCACCUCCACCAUCAUCCCAACCAUCAUCCCCCAAGCUCCAACUACCUCCGUCUCCUCCUCCCCUUUUCCCGGUCUUCUACCUCGGCCAGCCUGCAGUGCUCUGAGAUGGGCAGUUAUGCCUCCCACCUCCACAUCGCCAAGUCCUCCAGCGCCCUGCUGGAAGGCAAUGAGUCAGGGUUUGCCCCUGAGGACCUAGUGGGAGAUGAUGAUGUGUUUGAGGAGGACCGGCCCAGUACAGCUAAAAAGGGAACAAGCCAGCUGGCAACAGAUACAAGAACAGUGGCAGGCGUUCUUCUAGCCCCUCUGUGCUAUAUGGAUGAGGACAGCGACUUGGACUGCUGCCCGACCCCUUUGUCAGAGAAAACUGAGCCACUGUCACCCUAUUCUCUAUCUGGCGACUUCUGCAGGAUUUGUCACUGUGAAGGGGAUGACGAGAGUCCUCUGAUCACACCGUGCCACUGCACGGGGAGCCUGCGCUUCGUCCACCAGGCCUGUCUACAGCAGUGGAUCAAGAGCUCCGACACUCGCUGCUGUGAGCUCUGUAAAUAUGAGUUUAUCAUGGAGACUAAGCUCAAGCCACUGCGCAAGUGGGAGAAGCUACAGAUGACGGCAAGCGAGAGAAGGAAGAUCAUGUGUUCGGUCACCUUCCACGUCAUCGCCAUCACCUGCGUGGUGUGGUCUCUCUACGUUCUCAUCGACAGAACAGCAGAUGAAAUCAGACAAGGGAUCCUGGAAUGGCCUUUCUGGACCAAACUGGUGGUGGUGGCCAUCGGCUUCACAGGUGGACUGGUGUUCAUGUACGUCCAGUGCAAAGUCUAUAUCCAUCUAUGGAGGAGACUCAAGGCUUACAACCGGGUCAUAUACGUCCAGAACCGGCCAGACACGUGUAAAAAGCUGGUGUUGGAGAAGCCGCCGCUUAUGGAGCCGAGUCUGGAGAACAAGGAGACUCUGGCCCCCACCCAGUCGGACACAAACUCCUCCCAGUACACAGAGACAGAGGACUACAGUAUGGAGGUGCUCCAUGUCUGACGGCCAACCUCCUCUCAGUCCAUGCCACUGGUGGUCCUACUCCAUAGUGCACACACAAACAGGCCCACAGUGAGGAGUAGCAGUUAUGGAAAUGUUUGGUGAGGAACAACCAGGCACUCCCCUCCCUCUGAACCCAGAUUAGCCCUUUUGUCCUUCUCUGGUCUUCUUAAUCUCAAUCCACAGACAGAGCAAGACUUCCUUCUAUUCACAUUCCUCCUAUCAAACCUUGUUUGUCUCUCCACCUUCAAUCCACGCUUUUGCCUCUUUCCUUUUCCAGGACUGGACUCUUUUUACUGACUUCUGUAAAUGUCUGAAGAGGCCUGGAUUACACCACUCUAUACACACACACACACACACACACACACACACACACACACACACACACACACACACACACACACACACACACACUCUCACUCAUGCGAGUACACCUCUGGGAGAGCAGGACUGAGACAAAUAGACUCACAAACGGCUCCAGAGGUCUACGUGUCUCUGACGUGUGGUUUGUUUGUUGUGGGUUUGUUUGAUUUGGUUGUUUUUACCUCCAGUGAGUCUUGGGCUAACCUGCCAUGGAUCAGUAUGUAGCGCUGCACAUCAGAUCCCUGGAACGUUCCAGCUACUGCCCUCUUUGUGGUCUGAGAGUCUGCACGCAUUCCCCACCCAACAGAUCCAUCGGUUCCACACGGGCCUGGGUCCCACCAGGCCUUGAUCUGGACAUGCAUUGAAGCACUUUUGUUUUUUAGUUCCCACAAAUUCUCCCCUUUCUUCUAUCUUAUCAUUUUUCCCUCUUUAAUAUGAAUUAAGUCUUACAUGUUGUACACGGAGGAGAGCACACACAAACAAACUUGGAAAUGUUGGUUUCCUGUUCUGCUUUUUGUUUUUGACAUUGCAUUUCCUUAUGCGCACAUAUACGUGUAUAUAUAUAUAAAUAUAUACACCCUCCCAUGGAUGACAAAAAAGGAAUUUUGAGGAAAAAGUGGAAUACUGCUGAAAGAAACAUUUAGUCGAAACAGAAAAAGUGAGUUUUAAAUAUAACACGUCAACGCCAAAUUCUGUUUCGGCUCAGGCUCGUAGCUCUAAUGGAAAUAAUGGAAAAUCCAGCCACAAGACUUCUCUACCCCAACAUGAACUUUCUGAAGGCUUUGAGAAUGUAAACUUUUUAAAAAAUGAUAAAACUAAAUAAAUAAAAUAUUCCAAAAAAGACAACAACAACAAAAAAAGCAACAUUUUUUUUACUGGUCACAGGAAAUUGCGAGAUAAUUUCCAUGUCUUGAGAUCAUAACAAGAGCCUUUGGGCAUAAAUGGCGUUGCUCAUGUUUUUCUAUCAUGCGGAUGACACAGUAUUUACAGUGUGAUAUUCCAUGUGCAGUUUUUAAUAUGUUGAUUUGUUUGCUUAGUCAUGGGAUAUGCCUUGAGAAAUCCACCGCUGUCUGCUCUCAGUCUGUCCUCCCGUUACUCCGACCUCACUGAUUUAAAGAAAAAAAAACUGCCUUUUAAAUUUGACUGCUUAAAAGGAAUAAGCUGUAGGCUAAUUUUUGCUCUGCAGGUCAGGACCUGCACUUUCACAGUCAAUCUCUUCAGUUAUGUGAGCACACUUCAGCAGAUACUUCAGGGUGCUGAACAGACAUCUGAAGUGUGGACGUGACAUAUGGGAUCAUUAACGAGCAUUUUAGUCACACAAAAGUCCUCCGUUUCAGUGAAAGUGUCUUGUUUCCUACGAGACUCUCAUCACAUGAUGAAGGAUGUCUAUUUUAGUAUUUAAUCACAAGACAGCCAGCAUGUUGAAUCUUCUGUUUGAUUGAAAAAUGUUUCUCACAUCUGGCUGUAUGUUGCUCUGAUGAGACAAAUUGUCCCAACACACAUUUCUGAAAAGAAGCACAGACUGAAUACUGUCAACACAAUUAUUUCAGCAUUUCUAUCAGGGUAACAUUUUCACUCCUCAUUCAUCACUAAACGGAUCAUUUAUCCGAGCAAGGCAUCCAUAUGUAUGCAUCAUCACUGACUGAGGAGCUGACUGCAGCGCCAUCUGCUGGUGCAGUCUGAGAUGGGCAGUAGUUGACUUCUCAGGGCGAUAUGUUUCGGGCCUUCAGCCAUUGUAAGUGCUUUUGUGUAUGUGGGAGCACAGCAAUGCCAGGCUCAUGUUGAGCCUCACAGCCAUUCCAGCAACACACACAUUUAAAAAAAAACAAAAAAAAAACUGUCUUUGAUACCAGUAUACUGUCUGUGAACAACGAUGGUCCAACAACAUACCUGAUGAUUACUGCUCAGCAGCAGCAGCAAUAACUGAAAUCAAUGCUUUGUUAUUUGCAGCAAUGCAUACUGUAUUUGUGUAUAUGCCCCUUGGUGACUUGAGAUCUGGAGUCUAAUAUAAUUUUAAUACAUAAUAUGAGCCGAGGGAGUUGUCGUGCAUCAAGUCGGAUUAAGACCUAGUAACGAGAAGCUUUUCUGAAACUUCAGUACCCACAAGGCUCUGUGCAAUUAGACAGAUAAAAAGUGCAAUUACCCUUUUGUUGUUGUUCUAUUCUAUAGUUAUGUACUGGUGUUUAAUGUCCAGGGUGUCCUCUGGGUAUAAAAUGAUUUUCUUUAUUUUGUGUUGUAUUUAUUUUUAAAAGAAAACAGAGUACAAUUUGUUCAUUUAAAAUCCCUUUCAUUGGUAAUUUUAUGCAACUUACACUUAGUUUUUUUUCCCAGGCAUUAAUACUAGACAAAUCAUUUUCACUCUUUGUUUUGCACUUACCUCUUUUACCAUUUAGAUAUUAGUGUUAAAAAAAGAAAAAGAAAAAAAAGUGGUUGUGGAUCCUUAAUGUGAUCAUCUGCUCUUCCUUCUCAUUUUUAAAUUGCUUGUCUAAUUUUGUUUUAAACAUGCAUUAU